GUUUCCAGUCAAAAAUUAAAGAAGAAUCAAUGAGAAAUUUUGGGGGCCCUGCACCACCACCUAGCAACUUAGUACCUGACAAGCAGCAGUUUCUUGGAACAUCAGGUCAGCACCAGCCAUCAGAUCGAGAUGAACGAAACCAAGAUUUUGUGUCAAGGAGCGCAAAUAAGCCUGGAGUCUCUUCUGGUCCUCCACCGGCUGGUCUGCCAGGGUUUCGAGAGAGAGCUGCAGAACUACCAUCUCUCAUGGAUGAGCGCUUCAGCAGUCGACCUGCUUCGUUGUCAGGGGGUGGUAGAGAUGGCAGGUUUGGGGAUAAUUCUAAGCCUGGGGGAGUUGGAGAAGCAUCACUUCUCGGUCCCAUCCCAUCCGGCCCACCUCCAAAGUUUGGUGGUGGCAUAAUAAGUGGAGGAGAUCGGCAGCAGCCUGGUGGUCCUCCACCAAAUGAAAUAGAUGGACUACAAUCCAAGGAGCUAUGCUUCUUCUUUGGGAGACCAAACAUUGGUCAGGGUUCCAAUACCCGGCCCCCAUUUCAUCCAGAAGGUCCAAACAGUGGGCCACUGUUUGGGGGUCCUGGUGGUCCUGAUGCUGGUGGACCACGACCUGGAUUCCGUAUGGAGGGUCCUCGAUCAUUCCGGCCAAGAAAUCCACAGCAAAGCUUUGGCGAUAGAAUGGGUGGACCACCAGGAGGUAUAGGUGGUCCUUCAGCUGGAGGAGCUGGUUCUGGUGGUAUAGGUGGGCCACCAGGUGGAAUGGGUGGGUCAGGUGGUAGGGGUGGUCCUCCAGGUGGGCUAGGAGGUCCUGGAGGUGUGGGUGGUCCCCCAGGUGGGAUUGGUGGAGCAGUUGGUAGAGGUGGGCCAUUAGGUGGUAUGGGUGGUCCUCCAGGUGGAGUGGCAGGUGGCAUGGGUGGACCAGGAGGGCCACCAACUGCCAUGGGGGGACCCCCUGGUGGUAGAUUUGGUGGAGGGCGAGGAGGUCCUCCAAUGAGACCUAGAUUUGAUGGUCCUGGUGGAGGUGGCCGUUUUCCUGGUGGACCAGGUCCAGUGAGAUGGCCUCGAGGCCCACAUUAAAUGCAUUAUGAGCUUGGAUAGGGAGGAACUGUAGAUUGUGGCACAAAAUGACUUUAAAGUAGGAUUGUAAGGAAUCUAUAGAUUUGCUGUCUCCACCCUAGGUCUUAGGUGAAAUUCUUAAUGCAACUGGUGUGUUGUCACUUAGGAAAGUUGUUUUGUUUUGUAUCCUGGAAAGACUAAUAUAUUUAAUGUGCAACAAAAUAACUUAGUCCUUAUCGAUUUUGGAAAAAGUCAGAGAAGUAUUCUUUCAAACCGUUUGAAAGUAAUCUUUCUUUUUUUUUUUUUUUUUUGGUAACGUUUAUUCAUCAACAGUCUCAUCUUUAGACGACUGCAGGUUUGGUUCAAAAGAUUGCGUUAUGCUUAAAUGCUUUAGAGAAAUGAAUUUUGUUAAACAAGUUUUUGCUGAUUGCUCAUAUUGAUCAUGAUCCAGAUGUGUGACAUAGAUGAAUUGUUACCUUUUUUUUUUCAUUUUGAAACUACCUUUUACAAGAUCGCUCUUUCAGGAAGCAAAGGAUGAGGGAGGGAAGACAUUUUUAAAGAAAAGAAUUUGUCUGGUGUUUAACAUUAGCUGCCAAAACUGUGGUUACUCCUUAAACUUAGGCCAAGCCUGGUUAAGCCAUUAAUCAGAAUUAGUGGAAUGUAUGCCCAAUGCAUUGCUAGACUUAAAUAUCAGUGUGUUUCACUUGGUGUAGUAACUAUGUAUACAUUUUUUAAUAAUACAUUGAUCUAUAUCAAUAACUUCAUUAGGAGCUGUGAGGAUGAUUUUUCAAUUGAGUGCAUUCAUGUACUAGAUGUGCCAGGUUUCUGUUAUUGCCAGUAAGGUGUGAUCUUCAGGUUUCUCUGUACUAGAGGACACCUUGUGUGCGCACACAUCUCUAAAGACAUGGUGUGCGUUGAUCUGUUUGAAUUCCUGGGUAUUAAAGUGAGUGGAACUGGAAGUAAUGAAAUCAGGAUAGCAAAUGUUAAAGCUCUGAGUUUACAUAAUCUGGCUUAUGUAGGCAUUAAAUCCCACAAGGCAUAGUCUAGAAUAAUUACUGCAUUUGUAUUUGCAGCUGCAAUUGUCACUUACAGCUUCAAUGUUCAUACAUUUUGGUUAGCUGAUAAGUACCAUUGUUUAUAAUGCUCAUUGUCAACACAAAUCUGUGAAUCAAGCCUAGGUUAUAAUCAUAAAGUAACAUCUUAGUGAAAUAUGGUCGUAUUUGAACAAGAAAGAAUCAGACGUAGAUUUGAGAUGAACUAUUUCUGACCAUUGCUGUACACUCUGGUGGGUCAGUUUUCACUUUGACCUCCAAGAGGUCUGUAGGUACAAUCCUUUUUGCAGAGACAUGCCAUAUGCCAGUACUGUGUGUGUUGUGAAUGUUGGAUUAUCAUUAUUAUCUCUAAACUAUAGCCCUUGACAGAUUAAAUGGUGGAGAAAUC